ACUAACAUAUUUAUAAAGCCCUACUUUCGUUAGUCGAAAAAUCAAAUCAGUGAAUUAUCCAUUUUGAGGUCCAAAUAUUCUAAUGACCUAGAAACGACUAUAAACUAUAAUACAACCGUGACAAAAAAAAAAAAAAAAACAUGUCUUAUUAUCACCGCAAACAAUGCUUGCAAUGUGAUAGCAGCUAUACUAAAUGAGCGAGGUGCAAUUGUAUCAUGCAGUGCCUAUAUACUGGAUUAGUUUAAGUUUAUUCACACCUACAUAAAGCCGUGUUUUAAAAAUUUUACUCGAAGAAUUUUGCAUUUAACGUCAAAGAAAGGUUAUAAAAUGAUUAUAUUUAUAUACUUAUGGAUUCUGAGUUGCCUAGUAUCAAGCAGAGGUGAUUUAAGAGAUUUACCAGGGUUCAAAAUGUUUGAAAGUUGUAUAGAACCGCCAUCGAAAUGUCCAAACCCAAAUAUAACAUUCCACUUAUAUACAAGGUAUGCGGACAACCAUAUUCUAGACUUCUCGAAGCCGGAGACCUUGUUGGAAGCUCCUUUUGUGCCGCACGCACCCAUCAAGCUGCUCAUACACGGUUACACGGGUCACAAGGACUAUUCGCCAAACACCGAACUCAGACCAGCGUACCUCGCAUACCAAAACCUGAACCUGAUAUCCGUGAACUACAAGGAGCUGGUGCAACCACCGUGUUACGUGCAAGCAGUGCACAACGUUCCGCUGGUGGGCAAAUGCACAAAGAUGCUACUGUUGAGGCUGUUCAGAUUGCGGCCGGACCUGUACCUGCGCGACUUGCACGUGGUCGGAUUUAGCUUGGGCGCUCAAGUGGCCGGCCACGUCGGGCGGCUGAUGAACGGCACUAUCCAGCGAAUAACCGGUCUAGACCCAGCAUCCCCGCUAUUCGACACGUUCUUGCUCAGCAACGAAGUGUUGGAUAAAUCGGAUGCAUUGUUUGUGGACGUAGUGCACACCAACAUAGGCUUCAAAGGAAAAAUGGCACCGCUAGGUCACUUGGACUUUUACGCCAACAAUGGCAUCGCACAACCUGGCUGCGGCACAAAUACGUCGUGCAGUCACGUGCGGGCUGUUGAAUAUUUCGCAGAGUCAAUAAGCAGCAAAACUCAGUUUUUGGCCGUCAAGUGUAUAAGUUACAUAAUGUACAAAUUGAAAUUUUGUAAAACAUCUGAAACGUCACCAUUAAUAGUCAUGGGCGAACAUGUGAACAGAACCCAAAAAGGAAUUUACUAUUUUAUGACUAAUAGUAAACCGCCAUAUGCACAAGGAAUGGAUACAUAUGAAAAGAAAAAAACUACAAACACGUCAUCAACAACUGGCUCAUCAUCACAAAUUGACCAAAAUGACAUACCUUUGACUGACCCAUAAAAAAACAAGUUGUCUACUAACCAACAACAAUAUGUCAAGUAUUUCAAAUCAAAAAUCGAAAACAUCAAUAUAUUUUAAUAUUGUUACAUGUAAAUUUUAAUACUGUCUAUAAAAUAUAUUUCAACUGCUAAUGUCUCAAAACAUACGAGUUAUAAGAUAACAUCUAAAUGGUGUAUAAUUUAAUUAGUAUCUAAAAAGUUGUGUAAUUUUACAGUAUCAAAUUAUUAAAGCAGUAAUUGUCCGUUGUUACAUUACCAAUAAAAUGCUUAAAAUUUGCAAA